GCUGCGCGUCCUCCUCAUCUGGAGACAUUUACCACCGCAUCCACGACAAUGUUACGCUCCUCAAUAUAGCAAGUCUUUCUUGUAUCAACCCUGGCUUUUCUUCCCCUCUCAAGCUAUGACCUAACCUGUCUUUCUUUUUUUCGUCCCUUGGACCUUUUUGUCUCUGUGUUGCAGAACCCACUACCACCCCCCUCACAUCAUGCCACCUGCCCAAAAGAAAACUGUCGACGACUCCAGGUCCGAAGCCUCGAGUAUUAUUCCCACAAACCAAAGAGACCCCAAGAAUGCCUCGGCACCGACCGCAGCCUCGACUGUCCCCAAGUCGAAGCGUCCGGCUGCAAACUCGGCUUCUGUCACUUCUCAAAAGGGCCCGCUGGCCACCGGCCCAAACACCACAUCAGCUGCAAGCACCUCAACACAGUCCUCCCAAACUUCUGUGAAUUCUACCAGAGACGACUGGACCUCUACCCCUAAUACUUUCCUCCGCACCUAUCGAAUAGCUCAUCGUCUUCCCGUUGCUUCAACCUUUGCCCAUCCUCACGCCGACAUCAUCUACAAAUCAUCUCACCUUGCGCUCCGGUCCCCCUCUGCAGUCCAGGCUCGACGUAAACAACACGAGCAGAAGCGGCAGAAAAGAAAGUCGGCAACCGUACAGGUGAACGGGAGCGCCGGUCUUAAAGGCACCAAAACAAAGUCUGGCCAACGGACGGACAAGGUGUCGCUCAAGGACUCCACCUUAGACGACGUGUCCUCGAGUACUACAAAUCCAGUCGUUGCUCGGUCAAUUGAAACACCCGAUGCUACUGGAAGGUCUGAACUCAACCAGUCUCAUCUUCCCUCCUCUCCGAACUCUGUCUCAACCCUCUAUUCCGCACCGAGGGAACCCGCUCCUCAUCUUGCCGCCGCCGUACGGAAACACUUCAACGGGCAGCAGAUCAGCGAAGCGGAGACCAUAGCUCGAUUUACCUAUGUUGUGACACAAGCUGGUCGGCCUGUCUGGGUCGAAGGUUGCGAGGGAGACGGCUCAGGGCACUGGAUGGGCAGUCAUGGGAGAGAGCUUCGAAAAGGAGGCGGGCCUGGAGGAGACAUCGGCUUCAGAUUGAGAUUUCGACCAUGAACGCGAGGAGCUCAGUUUGUAAUUCGGCGUUGGGAGGGGAUUUUGGAUUAUGGCGACAAAGCGUUUAACUACCAUGGCUGUACCGAAGGGAUCGUGACACGUCGAAUUCUCUCCUCCCAAGUGGGACAGACGACAGACAACGCGAGAGCGUUGUCUAAGAAUUCACAUCGCAUUAGCAGCCAGAACUAUGCACAAGAUAACCACUGUGCAUCAUCAUCGAUAUAUUCACGUAGGAGGGCAAUUAAGUCAUCUCUUACCGCCAUAAGUGUCAACUGAUCAACCCAAUUUGACAAGGAGAC